AUGCCUGACCCAACCACUCAGUCAAAUUAUCUUCAAAUCACGACCCGACACUUAUCUCUCGAAUGGCGUGUCGAUUUCGUUCAGAAAGUUGUCAUCGGUUCCGUUGUGCACGAUCUGAUCUUGAACGAGGACACAGUCAAGGAACUCGUCUUGGAUACGGCUGAUCUGAUAAUUGAGAGUACUGAGGUAGCUGGAAAGACCGUUGGGUACUCGUUGGGAGAAAAUCAUGCGGUCAUGGGCUCUGCUCUUCAUAUCCCCCUUCCCAAAAACUUGAAAGCUGGCGAUCUCAUCUCUGUGAAAGUGACGUAUAAAACAACGCAAGAAUCGACUGCUUUGCAAUGGCUAGAGAAAGAGCAGACCCAAGGGAAAGUCUUUCCAUAUCUAUUUAGCCAAUGCCAACCCAUCUAUGCUCGGACACUUGCUCCUAUACAAGAUACUCCUUCGGUCAAGACAUCGUAUGAUGCGAAAAUCUCUGCGGUUUUGCCGGUCCUUAUGUCUGCAAUACGCGUUUCGCCGCCUUCAGAAGGUCCUGCCCAUGACGGUAAAGUAAUCGGUAAGGAUCUCGUUACCUACACUUACCGCCAGCCCGUCCCAAUCCCGUCCUACUUGAUUGCAAUAGCCUCCGGUAACGUCCGUUACCGAGCAUUUCCUAAAGUCGAAGGCAAAGAGUGGAAAUGCGGUAUUUGGGCAGAACCAGAAUUGAUUGACGCUUCAUAUUGGGAGUUCAGUGAAGACACUACCAAAUUUCUGGUGGCAGAGGAAAAGCUCACUACAUCAUAUCGUUUCGGCGUGUAUGAUCUCUUGGUUUUACCCCCUUCUUUCCCAUAUGGAGGCAUGGAAAAUGCAUGUUUGACGUUUGUAACGCCUACCUUAUUGGCAGGGGACAGGUCCCUCGUUGACGUCGUAUUGCAUGAAUUAACGCAUUCGUACUUUGGUAAUGGUGUAACUCAUGCAGAUGCAUCUCAUUUCUGGCUGAACGAAGGUUGGACAACUUACAUGGAGCGUCUUUUGCUUCAAGUUCUAUAUUCGCCUGCACAUCGUGGAUUGUCUUACAUCAUUGGCGCAAAGUCUCUGUAUGAUGAUUUGAAGCAGUAUGAAAGUAGACCCAAAUAUCAACGCUUGGUCAUCCACUUCGAGCCCGGUGAAAAUCCAGACGAUGCCUACAGUGACGUCCCCUACGAGAAAGGAGCAAAUUUAAUCUUACACCUAGAACGUACUCUCGGCGGUCUGGAUGUAUUUUUGCCAUAUGUGAAAGAUUAUGUAAACACUUUCAUGGGUAAAAGUAUUACCACUGAGCAAUGGAGAGCACACCUCUUCGCAUAUUAUCAGAAGCAUGGUGGCAAUGACAAGAUUAAGCUACUUGACACUGUUGAUUGGGAUGCAUGGUUACACGGGGAGGGCUUGCAACUGCCAGUGAACAUGCAAUAUGAUACUACUUUAGCAACGCAGGCUUAUGCUCUAGCUGAGCGGUGGGACGCUUCGCGUUCUACUACGGAGCCAUCCAACCUUGACUUCAAGGAAUCCGAUUUGCAGGAGAUGUCUUCAGUUCAAAUAGUCGUUUUCAUGGAGCGCCUACAAAUCUACCCUGCGUUGCCAUCAACGCAUAUCUAUCACUUGGGUAAACUCUAUCAUUUCGCCAACUCCCCCAAUGCCGAAAUUCGCCUACGCUUCUACGAAGUUGCGCUCCUCGACCCAUCCUCUUCCGCUGCGAAGAUGUAUGCUUCUGAAGCUGUCCGCUGGGUUGUUGGCGAUGAUGGUACGGGCGUAGUAAAGGGUCGUAUGAAGUUUUGCAGACCGGUAUUUAGGGCAGUGUAUAGAGUAGACAAAACUCUAGCCCUCGAAGUCUUUGAGACAUUCAAAAACUCUUUUCACCCAAUCGCAAGAAAGCUUAUGGAAAAGGUGUGAUUCUUGUGAAAAGUACUUUCCUCCACACGCUGACUAUGACUCAGGAUUUGAACAUCGCGUAAGGGGUAAAGACAUUGUAAAUGUGAUAAACGUGCCUGUAAUCAAUUCAUAUCAUCUGUAACAUGAGUGUGUGUGUACGCGAGUAAGGAGUCGAAUCUUCAAGUUAUUUGAAAUCACCCCACAAAUCUCCAAAAACAUCAUCCUUUUUCUGGGUACUCCCCGUGGAAGCAGAACCGAACAUAUCUCCCCCUAUACCCGCUGCAGAGUUUGAAGAGCUCCAAAUGUCAUUUGUACUAAGGAUAUUUGUUUGCUGUGUCUGUAUUUGUGAUGGUUGUAAUGUUGAUGACGCUGCACUUCCCCAGAUAUUUCCCUGCGUAGGCCCGGGUGGUAUGGGUGUAGAAUCCCAACCAGACGAUACUCCCCAUAAACCAGACCCACUAGAUCCCACCAUACUAGUCGGUUGGGGCACAGACGAAAUUUGAGGCAGAGUACCAGUAUUGAGCUGGUUCCAAGGUGACUGAGAAUCAGAAGCAGGAGAAAACUGUCCAUAAGCGCUCGUAGUUUGUCCAGCAGCAGUUGAGGCAGGAGUAGAAAAGAGAGAGAGGAUAUCUUGUUUGACAUCUUUGGCUGGCUGCGACGCUGCCGGCCUGCUAGGAGCAGGAGGUGCAUGGAAAUCAAGGGAAAAAAGGUCAUCUUGCGAGGGGGCAGGGUUGGCUGGCUCGGUUUGGACAGUAGGCGAGGCAAGGGUGGGAGCUUCGAUUUGCUGGUUUCUAUCAACAACAGCAGCAGAUAAGAGCUGUCUAGGCUGAGGUUGCCGCGUAGUAAUAGGCACUCGUACCGAGGGCGAUGCGGGACGACGAGCAGAAAGGCUGUUCACUGACGCAUGCGUAGGACGUUGUGAAAUUGGCGGCACUUGAGGCUCGAUCAUGGGCGACUCAGGGACAGAUUCAGUGUUGCCAUCAAGUACCGAUGGAUCCGCUGGGGGAGGUCCGUCCGACGCCCACCUACGCGAUUCAUAUUUUGAUCGAAUGUAAGAUUCCAUUUUGCUGUAAGAGAUAUGUCAGGAAUGACGAUUGAGUACAAGUUAGUUGAUGUUUGCAUACUGAU